GAUAAUCAUCCUUCCAGCAGAUCGUCUGUUCUCCAUCCUCCUCUUCCCAAUUGCCAACAUGAAGUGGAAGGAUGCCAGACCCGACGGAGGGAGAAUGGUUCGGAUCGGAAAUAACGGAUCUUCCCUCGGGAUGUCAUCAUCGACGAUCUCUCCGACCCCAACUUCUGCUCCGCACCAUCGACUACCGUCACCCAGCGGGGUUAAACAUCGAAAUCUUGCUGUACAGUCAUGACAUCUGAUCAAUUCCGUACGGCUGAUGCCGCCGACGGUUCAAGAGCUCCAUUGUCGGAGCAGACGCCGCUCCUGCAGGGCCAGACCCAGCAUGACUCGCCCUCUCCGCAAGAACCGGAGGUCCCGCUGGCCGAAGAGCCCACCACGAAGGAACUGUUGCUGGUAUUGGGAAGUAUCUGGAUCGGGAUCUUUUUAGCAGCGCUAGACACGACCAUUGUCGCAACCCUGACGGCUCCCAUCUCGUCCUCCUUCAAUUCGCUUUCCUUGCUCUCCUGGCUUGCCACCUCCUAUUUGGUCUCCAACGCCGCAUUUCAACCGUUAAGUGGACGAUUGACUGAUAUAUUUUCGCGACGUACGGGCUUGAUUUGGUCCAACAUUUUCUUCGCCGCCGGGAACGUGAUCUGCGGUCUUGCCAAAAGCGAGUGGACGAUAAUCCUGGGUCGGGUUGUUGCAGGCAUCGGCGGAGGAGGUCUCACGGCGAUUUCAACUUUCGUCACGUCGGACUUGGUGCCUCUGCGGAAACGUGGGGUGUGGCAGGGCAUUGGCAACCUCUGCUAUGGCGCCGGCAGUGGGCUCGGCGGCGUGUUCGGAGGAUGGAUCAAUGACACCUUGGGAUGGCGAUGGGCGUUCUUGAUCCAGGUCCCCUUUGUCGUCGCUUCCGGCAUCGUCGUCGCUCUGACGGUCAAGGUGCCCGUCAAGGAGACUGCGAAGGGAAAGUUGAAGCGGAUUGACUUCCUCGGCGCCAUCACGCUGGUCAUCACCCUCGUUCUGUUUCUUCUAGGCCUCAAUGCUGGCGGAAACCAGGUUUCUUGGACCCAUCCUCUGAUCCUCACGACCAUGCCACUCUCAGCAGUCUCUUUUUGCGUGUUCGUCUAUGUGGAAGCGAAAAUCGCUUCCGAGCCUGUGAUCCCGGUCCGCUUACUUCUGGAUCGCACGGUCUUUUCUGCCUGCCUCACCAAUUGGUUCACGACGAUGGCGGUCUUCGGGCUGCUAUUCUACCUGCCGCUCUUCUUCCAGGUCCAGGGAUUGUCGGCGACAGCUGCGGGUGCCCGGCUGAUUCCCCAAGCGGUCGGAACCGCCAUGGGUUCAUUGGGGUCGGGGAUUAUUAUGCGCGCCACUGGACGCUAUCGAGCUAUGAACCUCGUCGCCAUGGCUUUAAUGGUUCUCGGGGGAGGCCUGAUCUGUACUCUGCAUCUGACCACCCCGGCUGCGCUGCCUUUCGUGUACUUUUUCAUCCUGGGCGUUGCUUACGGAAGCAUGCUCACCAUCACUCUGGUGGCGCUGAUCUCGGCCGUGGACCAUAAGCACCAUGCCGUGAUCACGUCGGCAUCCUACGCAUUCCGCAGCACUGGCAGCACGAUUGGGAUCACCGUUGCCUCUGCGGUGUUCCAGAACAUGCUGAGGACCGGUCUCUGGUCUCGAUUCGGCAACCGAGAGGAUGCCGACGAAGUGAUCCGACGAAUUCGAGACAGCCUGGACGAGAUCUGGAAACUCCCGGAGGACUGGAAGCCAGGCGUGCUGGAUGCCUACAUGGUGUCGCUGCGGGCUGCCUUUGUUACGUUGCUCGCCCUGGCCAUCGUCGGGGCGGCCGUCAGUCUGGGAAUGCGGCAACACAAGUUGCAUUCAAACCUGGCCCGGCGGGAGGGAUAAAGCGAGUGAAGUAGGGAAUAAUACUAUAGAUACUCGGAAUACCAUAAAU